AUGCUCGACGCUCCAAAUUCAUCUUUAUUAGAAGCAGCAGAUUUGAGAGAGUACUGUUAUCCUGAAUCAAAUGUCUCCUGUGUGAAAAUUUCUCAAAAUGUAGUGGCUAGAACCGUGCUAUAUUCAUUACUGGUGUUUGCAACAGUUAUUACAAUUCUAGGGAACUCAAUGGUCAUCAUUUCUAUAGCUCAUUUCAAACAACUUCACACACCUACAAACAUAUUGGUGAUGUCUUUGGCUCUGGUGGAUCUGCUUCUGGGACUCACAGUCAUGCCGUUCAGCAUGGUCAGGUCUGUGGAUGGCUGCUGGUACUUCAGCGAAGAAUUUUGCUUUUGGCAUUCUAGUUUUGACUUCUUGUUCACCGGUGCAUCAAUUUUCCACCUGAUUUUUAUAGCUGUAGAUCGUUAUCAAGCUGUGUGCCAUCCGCUUCAGUAUCCUACAAGAGUGACUAAACGUGUUGCGUGGCUUAUGGCAGCUUUGAGUUGGACUAUAGCUGCAGGGUAUUCUUACAGUCUACUGUUAACAAAAGCAAAUGUGGAAAACCUGGAUGACUACGCUGCAUCUAUAAACUGUUUGGGAAGCUGUAUUUUUUUGAUCAAUGCACUAUGUGCUGUUUUAAGCACAUUUAUAGGUUUAAUUUUGCCAUGCUCCUUCAUGAUUUGUCUGUAUGCUCAAAUAUAUUUAAUUUCCACAAGGCAUGCAAUUAAAAUUGGGGCCACAAAACAAAGCAGACACAACAGAACCAUAAAGGUUUCACAAAGGGUAAAACAUGAGAACAAAGCAGCAAAAACCCUUGGAAUCGUUGUAAGUGCAUUCCAUUUCUGUUGGAUGCCAUAUUUCAUUACAUCUGUUGUUGAUCCUUUUUUGAACUUUACCACCCCUCCUAGUCUUUAUGAAGUGUUUGUGUGGUUGGGUUACAUUAAUUCAACUUUAAACCCCAUCAUAUAUGGUCUUUUCUAUCCAUGGUUCAGAAAAGCACUGUACCUCAUUCUUACACUGAAAAUAUUUGCUCGUAACUCCUCUGACAUAAAGGUUUAUGCAACCUGA